CGUAACAUUACGCAUGGGUUAGUCACGUCGUACAGUACCGUACAUAUGUGGCAAGCCAGGGUUGUGGUUGCGGUUUCAGAAAACAAUAAUUUUACGUGCAAAACUUAGCCUUGUUCUUACACCCAGUUAGGACUGAUCUCUCGGUUAAGAUUGGGCUGAAAGUUUACAGAUCUGUUGUCCGUCUGGUCGCUUCCCUGCCUGCCUGGGUGAAUAGCACGGGCAUGGGGUCCCGGGUUCUUUUCUAUCCUACCCUGGGCUACAAUGUCUUCAUGAAGAGCGUGUCAUCGCGGGAAUGGUAUGACCGGAUUGACAACACAGUCCUGCUCGGGGCGUUGCCACUGAGAAGUAAAAACAUCGCGCAAGAGUUAGUGGAAAAGGAGAACGUCAGGGGUGUCAUUGCCAUGAAUGAAGACUUUGAACUGAAGAGAUUUGUCACCACAAAGGAGGAGUGGACCAAGCUGGGGGUGGAGACCCUCCAGCUCCCGACGGUGGACUUCACAGAGGCACCGAGCAUCGACAAGCUGGAGCAGGGCGUAAAGUUCAUCAUGGACUUUGCCGAGAAGCAAGAGUCGGUGUACGUCCACUGCAAGGCCGGGCGGACGCGCAGCGCUACGCUGGUGGGAUGCUAUCUCAUGCAUGUCAACAAAUGGACACCCCAGGAGGCCCAAAUCUUCAUCCAAACCAAGCGGCAUCACAUUAUCAUGAAGGAUAAGCACUUCCGGGCCAUGUACAGAUACUACGACAAGCACAUCAAAAGCCAGAGGGCGGGCCACAAGCUGGACAUGUCACCGGACGGCGAGUAAGACGGUUCUUCCAAGGAAAAGCUAUUUAAGCGUCGUGAGUUGGCAGGUGUGCCCAAUUAGAAUAACCACCAGUCUUCCUCAGUCUACGUGUACAUGUACAUGUACAUCACUGAUCUUCAUAGUUAUGCAUGUGUAUCGAUGGCCAUGCAGAGACAAACCAGGCCUAUGCAGCUCGACUUUUUGCCCUCCAAAGAUGGCCGCCACCAUAUUUGGUGCAGCCUGGCCCGCUGGAUACGUCUGCAAUUUUCCUCAUUUUCAAGCAAAUUUGUGCCAUUCCUUAAAAAUAUUCAGGUGAAAGAGAACAAGAUUGUCAUUUCAAUAGGCGUGGUUUAAAUGAAAAUAAACUAUAUCCAGACUGUGGCCUGUAUAUGUAGGAUUCCUGUCUUGCUAGUACUGUGUGACUAAGAAUUUGAGCCCAUGUGAGAAUUUAUUUUGCUCUUGAGCAUGUUAUUGGCUCAGUGCAUUGGACCUUCAUGUUGUGACUUUCAGUCCUCAGUGUAAAUGGACUUUCAGGUCAGUAUGUGCAGAUCAGUGAUGUAUGUGUACAAUAGUCUGGUUCCUUGCCCUAGCUAUCCCUAGCAUCUCUCAGGCUAGGUCAAGUAACCACCGUGGGUAAAAAAAAUCUAUUUUUAGAUGUGGUGCCGACAUGACCAUUUUUUUUUUUAUUUGAUAAAAGUUGUCUCAAAGUGGCAAUAAUUAAAUGUAUUUAGAAACAAGACAAGAAAAUUAGAAAGUGAAAUUUUCAGCAUUUUUGGUGUAAAAGGUAAUAAAAGAUAAAAAGAUAACAAUUUUAGACAUUUCCGAACCAUGACAUUGGUCAAAAUCAGCAUUAAUUGGCUCUGAAAUGUUCAGAAAUUGGAGGAAUUCUGUUUGUCAUGGGAGUGUGUCAAGUCCCGGGGGAAUCAUUCUCUCACAUUGGUCAUAGUCUUGUGACCAGUCUUAAAAGAGUACUGACAUAAAAUAUGUUCGCUCUACACUUCCUGGUUCAAAAUGAUGUUGCACUUUGGUGCUGUGACCAGAUUACAUGUGAUAAUUUGUAUCACAUGACUUUGAGGAAGAACGUAGACGUCCUUCACAUAUGUAGCUUUUGUGUUGAUGUGAGAAGAUUUUUAUCACACCUGACUUGUAAUUUGAAAAGGGAUACACACUCACACAAGUGUGUAUUAGCCUGCAACUGGGGACCCCCUAUUGUUCCUCUUUUGUUUGUACUUUAAGUUUAACUU